CGACGGGGGGGGUUUGGACGUGCGGAUCCUCGCUGUUGAUUCGUGGUCUGCGGUCUUCUGCACUUCGCGACGGGCGGAUCCUCGGUAACGUUUAUGGCGAUAGCGUCGGAGGGGAUGGACAUGCGUCAUGCGCUAUCGAAGGCGGAGAGGACUGCGGUGGCAGCGGCCGUGAGCGCCGUCCUCUUCCGGUGCCAGUUGGAGAGGGGCGAGGGGAGGAUGAGAGCGGCCAUUCGCGCGCGGCGGAAACCGACGCUGCAGUCGCCGGUCUGUGGGGGCCGACGACAGCGCUGCCAUUUGCGACGCCGUGCUGCAGGUGUGCUACGCCAUGGGGUGUGGAGCGUUCCCCAGAGCGAUGCCCAGAUGGUGGAUGAAGCAACGUACAGGCGGCACGUGGGAGGAUCUCCGGCUGUGCGACGAUGCGACGACGGACUACUUCAGGGAGAAGCUACGAAUGUCGCCACGUGUAUUCCGAGAGAUAACGGAAGCUCUGUCUCCCUUCCUCGAGCGACAUGUUCCGGGUUGGUGGCGGUGCGGGAUGUGACUGCGGCGUUGCUCAGUGCGUUCCCUGACAAGAUCUCGUGGCCGACGGGUCUGCAGAAGGCGGUCGUCUUGCGCGCUUUCGCUGACAAGGGUUUCCCCAACUGCCAUGGGUGCAUCGACUGCACCCACAUCUUCAUCGACAAGCCUGCGAAUUGCCCCGGGGAGGACUACUACGGUAGGAAACGGCGUUUCUCCGUGCAGGCACAGGUCAUCGUGGAUUUGAACUUGCGCGUGUUGGAUGUGUUCGUCGGUUACCCGGGAAGUUGCCACGACGUCAGGAUCGUCCAUCUGUCCAGUUUAUGGGCACGCACGGAGGCGGGAGAGCUUUUCACCAGCCCACCAAGCAUGCUGCCUUUCGGUGUGCGGACAGACGGAUAUCUGCUGGGGGACAACGGGUACCCGCCCUCCAAAUGGGUUGUCGUCCCUUACGGCGGUGUAUCCCAAAACCCUGUGGAGAUGCGCUUCGAUAACAAGCAGAAGACGGCGAGGGGCGCAGUGGAGAGGGGUUUUGGCAGACUGAAGGGGAUGUGGAGGUUGUUCCUUCGAUCCCACAAGACGAACAUGGAGACGUUGCCGCAGCAGUUCGUCGCCGUCUGCAUUCUCCACAACAUACUCAUCGACGCGGGCAUCCCGUUUGACGACAAUCUGCUCUGGGAGGUCGGGCCGGAUGGUGUUCGUCGCAGGGUGGAUCUUGGGAUGGAUCGUCCCGUGAGGCAGAUGUGCAUGGAGUCCUCCACAGGGGAUGCCCGCAUUCUACGUGACGCACUGGCUGAGGGAAUGGCGGCACAGUGAAGACGGCGAGGCGAGCGGAGGGAUCGGCCUUGAUGGCGUGGCUGAGGCGAUUAAACG